CCGCUCGGCCCCGAGGACACAGCGUCGCUCUCGAGACCGACUCGCCGCCGCUUCUCUCGCCUGUCCACUGCACGCCAGCUUAGCUCCUUCGGCAGACCGCUUGAGAGAACGAGAGACCAUGAGGGCUGCUGCACUGCUCGUACUGCUGCUCGGCCUGAUCGCCGUGGCGACGGCGCAGCGGAGACUCGCGCUGCCCGACCCGAGAAGCUGCGCCAGCCGAGUGCGACACGCGUCGUACAGAGACGCCAGGGGCGUCGUUCACUCGUACUUCUUCAGCUGGGAGCACGCGCCGACGAGGAGCCUGGAGGUCGACUGGCUCGACGCGAGGAACAUCUGCAGGCGCCACUGCAUGGACGCCGUCUCGCUGGAGACGCCGCAGGAGAACGACUUCGUCAAGCAGAGAAUCGCCCGAGGCAACGUUAGGUACAUCUGGACCUCCGGACGCAAGUGCAACUUCAACGGAUGCGACAGGCCCGACCUGCAGCCGCAGAACAUCAACGGCUGGUUCUGGUCCGGCUCGGGCGCCAAGAUCGGACCCACCAAUCAACGCAACACCGGCGAUUGGAGCGCGACCGGUGGCUACGGCACUCCUCAGCCCGACAACCGCGAGGCACCCCAGGGCAACGACGAGUCUUGUCUGGCCAUCCUGAACAACUUCUACAACGACGGCAUCAAGUGGCACGACGUGGCCUGCCACCACGUCAAGCCGUUCGUGUGCGAGGACAGCGACGAGCUGCUGAACUUCGUCGCCUCGAGGAACCCGGGCAUCCGCCUCUAA